AUGUCUCAGCAGCUCUCCUCCGCGCUCCUGCGCACCUGCGCCCGUCAGCAAUUGCCCACCACCGUCACUCGUUCUGCUGCCAUCGCCGCCGGUCAACAACGAGGUGUCGCCAAUGCUGGUGCCAAAUUCGAGUCUCCCUUCGCCAGCGCUGAGGAUCCCACAUCCACCCUGAAGAUCCCCAACUUCAAGAAGUACAUGUCCAAGAACUCGCCCACGACAAACAAGGUGUUUUCGUACUUUGUGGCUGGAACGAUGGGUCUUGGAUCUGCUGUUGGUGCAAAGGCUACUGUGCAGGACUUCCUCGUCAAUAUGUCCGCCUCCGCCGAUGUCCUGGCCCAGGCCAAGGUCGAAAUCGCUCUCGGCUCCAUUCCCGAGGGCAAGAACGUCAUCAUCAAAUGGCGUGGCAAGCCCGUCUUCGUCCGUCACCGUACCGGUGAGGAGAUCAAGGAAGCCGCCGAAGUUGACUGGAAGACACUCCGGGAUCCUCAGCCCGAUGAGGACCGUGUCCAGAAGCCUGAGUGGCUUGUUAUGCUUGGUGUCUGCACUCACCUUGGUUGCGUCCCUAUUGGUGAGGCUGGUGACUUUGGCGGUUGGUUCUGCCCCUGCCACGGUUCUCACUACGACAUUUCCGGUCGUAUUCGCAAGGGUCCUGCCCCAUUGAACCUCGAGGUCCCCGCAUACCAAUUCCCUGACGAAGAAACCCUCGUCAUCGGUUAG